AAUUGACAUGAGUCUGGACGACAUCAUCAAGACCAACAAAAAGAAACUAAAACAGGGAACAAAAGUCAUCGCUAACGGCAACAAUGGAAAUGCAAACAACGGUGGUCUUAAUAAUAAGAACAGAACAGGACCCAUUAGAGCUAGAUCUACAGGGAAAAAAUUGACUCGACAGAAGGCCAACCCAUAUCCGGUAAGAAUCCAAACAGCUUCUUUUGGUCGACAAAUGGGCAAAACACGUCAUACUGUUCUCCCAGAAGAAACGUCGAAUCAUUAUUUUUGGGUCUUUUGCGUUCUUCCUGAUGGGAAACCAAAAAUUAUUAAAACAGGAAAUUCUAACGGCGUUUGGCGUCACGAUCUCUUCCCUACCCUUCUUCCUGGCAGCAACCAAACCAAACGAACCGGUCCGUUUAAUGGGUCUUCUAUUCAGCACCGCUUAGGCACCGGUAAACCCCUUGUAGGUAGUGGUGUUGCAAGCAGAUUGUCUAUUAAAGGUGUUGCCGGUGUUAAGCAGUCUGAAUUCUCCUUCAAAGGUGAAGGCGGACCCGCUUCUAUUGUUAUCAGUAAUCUAGCGCCUGGUACAAGUGCUAAUGAUAUCAAG